AUGACCGGUCGCGGUAAAGGUGGUAAAGGUUUGGGGAAAGGUGGAGCGAAGCGGCACAGAAAAGUUCUUCGUGAUAACAUCCAGGGUAUCACCAAACCGGCUAUCAGACGUCUCGCACGCAGGGGCGGUGUGAAACGUAUCUCCGGGUUAAUCUACGAAGAGACACGCGGUGUACUCAAGGUGUUCCUUGAGAACGUGAUUCGUGACGCUGUUACAUACACCGAGCAUGCGAAGAGGAAAACCGUCACCGCAAUGGAUGUCGUCUACGCCCUGAAACGUCAAGGACGUACCCUCUACGGAUUCGGUGGUCUCCUCCGCUACAAAGUAGACUUCCAGUCGAUGCAACUCGACGACGAGGAGAUCGACAACCUAUACGACGUCGACGACUACUAA